ACGGCGACAGCUGGGAUGUGCUUCCUUGCCGUCCCCGAUAAAGCGAGAGGGACACGUCGGCAGCGCAUUAAAUGCGUUUGUCCGGCGAUGCCAGAGGAUAGACUCAUCCACUGUACACCUUUUCACCUCUUGUGUGUCACUGUGGCAGCCCCUUUUCCUAUAAAAGGAGGCCCGAUGCGACUAGGAGGAGGGGUCGGAUCUUUUGGGCCAAAUCACACCCCGUAGCUAGCCCAAGAACACAAGAACACUCAAAUACAUCCACCAAAGUAGGACUAGGGUAUUACAUAUCUCCGCGGCCCGAACCUGGGUAAACGAUCCAUGUGCUUCCUGUUAGACCCGCUCUUUGCACAACCCCGCACCCGCCAACCGUAGAAGGGAUCCCAGUGAUUCCAUAGGUGCCGAUUUCCCCCGACACAUGGGGCUUGCGUCAUGUCACUGAUCCUUCACCAUGCCUCCUUGUUCUCUUCACAAUGCCUUCUUCCAUGACCAUCUCUAUAUAUACUAGCAAUAGUCAUUCAUCCACAUGCGGGGUGCGCGUGCGACUUAGGACUUGGCACAUGGGCGCUACAACGAGAGGAGUUGCUUGAAGACUCUGGACGGAGUACCAGUGCAGAAACAUGUCAACCCGUGAAUGGCUAGAAAAAGCGACAAAUCAAAUACAAAAACAGACGUCUGACACUGAAAAAAAGGUCAAAUCUGUUCCUACUUGUUCAAGAAGCAAAGCACAUCGUGCAAAUUCGGAACUGCAUGUCUGACACAUGGGCCCAGCGAAUUACGUCCUCCUACAAGCAAAACCACUCCAUCCUUCUAAAACCCUCUUAAAUUAUGGAAGUAGGAAGGAAGAUAUACUACGUAGAUCGGGGGGAAACCUUGUUGACGGCUUCGAGUCCACAACGCAUAUGCGGUGCCAUGGCCCUCCUCGCCGCCUCCCGCCGGGCCUCCUCCCUUCCCAUCCUCCGCCGAGCCUCCUCGGUGCUGCUCCGCCCCGUGGCCCCGCCGGUGCAGGCGAUCAGGCACAGCUCGUCCUCCUCCAUCCGCGGUGCGAAGACGGCCUUAAUGAACGCCACGAUGGACACCGUCAACGCCGAGCAUGGCUCCAGCGCCUGGGCCGCCGCGCUGGACUCACUCCGGGCCGCCACCGACUCCCUCAGCAACGCCUCCUUCGAGGACCAGCUCCUCCGCGGCAUCCACUCUGCCGUCAAGUCCUCCGAGCCGCCCCGUAUCGCCGAGAUGGAGGAUACCGCGGGUUGCUUCCCCUUCGAAGUCAGUGAAAACAGAUACUUUGUUGGCUACGAUUAUAAAAGAUACAUUACUCUCAAAAGAACUUUUGAGGACGAGAAGAUUGAGGUUGUGACUCGUACGGACUGCCUUGAGAGGGAUGGAAAAUGGUCUUUGGAAUCCUUACGCAUGCAGCUGGAACAUGGCAAAGGUGAGAAGAAGGCCUCAAGACCUAGCCUCACCUUUGAUGUCAUCGUCUCCAAGAGCAAUGGCUACAAACUUCAAUUCACCUGUGUUGCAUAUCCGGACGACGUCACCAUCAGUUCCAUGAAAUAUGACGCCCGGGGGGUCGCGAAAAGAGGAGGAGCUACUGGAGGAUAUGUAUAAGUAUGACGGUUUCAAUAAUCUCAAUGAGAAUCUGAAGAAGUCAUUCCACAACUACCUGGAGCUGCGUGGGAUCACGCCGACGACGAUGAAUCUGUUUCGCGAGUACAUUAUUAGCAAUGGCGUCCGCAAGCAACACUUUUGGCUGAACAAGCUGUCAGAUUUCGUCAAGAAAGAUUGAUCUUCAUCUUAAUUUAGUUAUCCUACUAGGGCAACACGAUCAAGACUUAUAAUUGUUCCUUUUGUAGAGAAGCGUGCAUGAUCGUUUUGUUUUCUCUGCGCAUGUUUAAGACGUUUUUUGUAAUUAUGAUUUUCUCGAGGUACGUAGAG